AGGCUGCGGAAAGAGUCUACACCACGUCGCAGAUUGUGUCUCGUCUGAUUGAUCGUCUGUGGGGGUUGUUGUCGUGAUCGCAACGCAACUAAGGUUGGAAUGACGCAGAAAUAUUGUCUGUGUCGCUAUUUUUGGAGUGUUAUGUAUUAAUUUGUAGGUAGAGUGUGGCGCAUUGCGUGCACAUUUUGGGGUCUGUUUUUGCGUGGAGUGUGGGUUGAAGUUGUUGUGCGUGUUGGGUUCCGUCAGUUGUGGGCAAUGUUGUUGCGACGAUUUUGAACUUUUUGGAGGUUUUCUAAGGGUUGUGUCGUGUUUCUGGGGUUCAUUAGCAUUGUGAUUACACUACAAUCUGUUGUUAUGUGUUGGGAUUAGCUUUUGUGCGGGGGAGGGAGGAGAUUUUUUGAAGUGUGGUUCUCUGUUUUGGAGGGAUAUAGCUGUGAUUUUGCGUGCAUGUUGUUGUUUUGAGGUGCAGAAGAUAGCGUUCUACAUACUUUUUUGUUUCUUUUUUUGUUUUUUGUGUCUUGGGUGUUGAGUGCGAAAACUGCUUAGUCUGGCAGUGCCGGUUUUCUCACAGGCAGUUAGAAUCCCAAUUCUUCCUCAGGUCUGCAGUAUUGGUGAGCGUUUGAGUGGGUUGGGUCGUUCGAACCUAGCAGAUUUUGAGGGUGGAUUGGUCUGUUAAUUCUGUCUAUGGAAAUUGAACGCGCGGGGAUUUUACGGUUUCGCGUGUUGACGAAGCCUCGAGGAGCGGUUUACGGUCUCGAGCAUUGUUGCGUUUGCUAACGCUCGUUGCAGCGUAGUGACUGUCCAACGUAAGCAGACAGCGCUUUGAUCAUUUUUGGCAGAUUGAAGUUGAGACACAAUGGGCAGAAGUCGAAAGGACCGUAAAUCUGCACGAGACGAAUACACUGACGAUGAUACGAUGAGUACCACAUCGACUGUCUCUUCUUCGGACUUCAACAAUGGACCAGAAGUUGAGGGAGAGUUCGAUGAAAGCACUUUGAUGGACCAAUAUGUGGAAGCUCUUUAUCAGAAGAGGGCAUCAAUCCGGGAGGCUGGACUCAAAGGCCUGAUAGAUGCUUUCACGAGCACGGAUUUGACAGAUUUUGCAGAGGGCCAAUGUGAAACUCUUUCAAGUAGGUUCAUAAACUCCGUCAAGGUUGGAGCUGGGAACGAGGCUGCUCAAGGAGCUCGUGCACUUGGUCUACUGGCCUUUACAGUUGGAGAUGGGAGCAAUGCUCAACAGAUUCUAGCAGAUGCUACACCACAUUUGUGGAAAGUGGCUAGAGUUGGGUCCUCCCCUGCUGCCCGCUCUGCUUCUCUACAGGCGUUGGGACAUCUUGCUUUUAUUGGGGCGGUGGAUCUCGAGGCAACAGAGGCCACUAUGGAGCUUCUCUGGUCCCUCAUCAAUCACAGACGCAGUGUAGAAGAUCAGAAAACUGGAAUUAACUCCCCCCCAGCUUCGGUGAAGGUAUCUGCAUUAAUGGCUUGGUCACUGCUGCUAUCCACGGUGGACUCUCAAAAAGUUUCAUCUCACCAUCUUCAAUCGAGUCUUCCAGUUUUGUCCAGCUUAUUAAAUAGCGAAGAUUUGGCUUUAAGGACUGCUGCUGGAGAAUCAAUUGCCUUGCUGUAUGAGAUGACAAAUUCAUCAGGCUUUGCAGGAGAUGUUGAAGAUUCAGUUGACGAUAUAGUCCCGCCAGUUUCCAGACCUUCCAACUCUAGCGUAGCAUCGAGUGCACGGGCUACAGUACCAGAGGACGAAGUGAUCGAACAGAUGAAAGCUUUGUCUGUGCACGCUGGUGGUAAAGGGCAACCGAAGAAGGAAAGAGCUGCGUUGCGCAGUUCGUUUCGCGAACUUCUUGCUGCCAUUGAGGAUGGUGUGGCUCCUCAAGUCUCGGUGAAAUUGCCAGCAGGAAAUACUUUAAAGUUCAAUUCCUGGACUGAGAUUAUACAGGUAAACGCUAUUCGGCGCUUUUUGGGUGAGGGCUUUCAGACACACAUGCAAGGAAAUCCUUUGCUGCAUGAAAUCUUUGACUUUGUACCACAAUCUGAAAAGCGCAAUACUCUUUCUACAAAAGAAAAGAGGAUGUUGCAAUCGCCUAAUUCUGUUGUUAGCAAGGCGCGCACUGAAGUGAUGAACCGCCGGCGUCAAAACUCUCAGGCACAGAAGAUAGGGGAUUUCAGUGCCAGUGGUUACAACAGCGACUAAAGCGCUGGUUCAGAAAAAAAUAAUAAUAAUAAUAAUGAUGAUGACAAUUAAAAGAGGAAAAAAGAAAAUCCAUCGUUUUUAGUGUAGCUCAUGCAACCAGAUUUGUUGCAUUCGUUUUAGGUUACUCACACAAUUUGAUCUCAUCUUGCGUCAAAGAGAUAGUGCAAAUUGCAACCCUAGAGUUCACAGUCCUGUCCAGUUAUUAUUCCGAGUGUUUGUUCUAGCUGAUUUUUUUUUCUUCUGAUUUUUCCUUUGAGCUGGAAAAGCAGAUAGAUCUGUUUGUAUAUACUGCGGUAAUUGUAAAUGCAUUUGAGUGUAUUUUGAGUGCCUCA